UCUAUGACAUCGCCUGAUGCAAGACGGACCUAUGUACAUGACACUGGUCAGGGAUUGCCAAGUUACACCGCCAGUCGUCACGCUACAAAGAAGGACGAUGGUUUUCACAUACACUGUGCGCAGAAAUGUGUGAGCAAUGCACUCUGUAAGGGAUUCGAUGUCAUGCCAACACAAAAUGGCGACUCUUUCUGCAAAAUGUAUCAGGAAUGCGAACCUGGUUGGACGUCAUUCGGGAGUCACUGCUACCGCCUGGAUAGCACCAUUUACAAAGGAUGGUCCGCGUCAGAGCAAGCCUGCCUCAUAGAGGGCGCUCACCUGGUGAGUAUCACAUCCGGCGAAGAGAACGACUUCAUUCAAAAGCUACAUCAAAGCGAUGCUUUAGCUAAACUUUUAAUGAUCUGGCUGGGACUUGACCUGACACAAGCACAGCCGCAUUGGACCGAUGGCUCGGAUUUCAGUUAUUCCAAUUUCGGAAUCCCCCUUGGCACAGGACAAGGGAACUGCGUCGAACUAAACCAGAUUGGCGAAUGGGAAAAUGCCAACUGCACGGACGCGCGCAUGUUCAUUUGUGAGAAAGAUUAACGUUGAAUGAUAAGUCAGCAACAAAUGAAAUUGACAUACGUAGAAAAUUACCGUGUUUUUUUCUUACCAGUCGCUA